AUGCCAGGCUUCAUAUCUGGCAACCCAGGUACAACAGUUGGAACUGCAUCCCCAUUUUCUUUUGGUUUGCCAAAAACAACAACCAUGUUUGGCCAGGGUUCUACCACUGGAGCAACUGCUACCUCUGGGUUUAGUUUUGGGCUGCCUAAAACAACAGCAACUGGCUUGUUGGCUACCCCAGCCACAACCUCAACCCCAGCUUUUGCAGGUUUUGGGGUAAACCCAACAUCUUCUGCCCCGGCUACUGGGUUUUCUUUAGGGGCUCCACUGGCUGCAGCCUCCACAGCAUCUACUGGAUUUGGUGGUUUUUCUUUUGGGAAGACGACAACAGCUACAAGUGCGGCACCAAGCUUUGUAAAUUAUUCUGAAUUAAUCUGUCAUCCUUUUGUAGGUCUAUUAGGGAGUACCCCAGCCUCCACCAGCUCCAGUGGCCUCAGUUUGGGGUUAGGGAGUGGUAUGUUUGGUGCUCCGUCAGGAACAACAACCUCGGCUGCAAGCAUCUUUACCUCGCAGCCACAGACAACAGCUGCAAGCAUCUUUACAUCAUUGCCACAGACCACAGCCACAGUGGGGCUAGGCGGACUUGACCCAAAUACUGCUCUGAAAUCAGGAAAGAAGGCUUCUUUCAGAUUUUUAAUUUUUCCAUUUUCUGUUCACAGCGAUGGUAAAACUGUUAAAGAAUCCUUACUUCCAGAACCGCUUGGAGCAACAGUUGAUGCUUUGCAGAAGUACGUAAAAGAAGAGAAGGCCGUCCGGGAAGACAUUACCCGUAUGUCCUCGAAGCCGAUGAUAAAAGUCCAGGAAGAUGUGACAGUUCUACGACAGCUGUUGUCUGUGGUAGCCAACGGACUACAGAGGAAUGCUUGCUCCGUGGAGAAACUGAAGCAGGAGAUGGCACAGAAACUGAAGGAUGCAGAGAUGGCUCAGAGAACCAAGGAUAUUCCUGCUAGCAUGCAGUAUGAGAACACAGCUCCGACAGAGUACUUCCAGCAUCUUGUGGAAGAGUUUGAGGAGAGAAUGGUGACCUACAGACAACAGAUAGAAACCUUAGACAGUCACUUGGCCGCUCUUCAUCAGCCUACCCCCCACACUCCAUCAGAGCUGCUUCUGUUGUUGAAGAAACUGCAUGAGACCUUCAUCUCGCUGGCUGCUCAGCUGCAGCAGGUUCACGAGGCAGUCAAGGCUCAAAAAGACCAGUUCCUGACAUACAGACGAGUCUUCCACAGCGACUCUAAGAACAUCUUCCAUAAGUCAAUGCCACUGCCCAAGACUGUUAAAAAGACACAUUUAUCAGAACUGGCAGGUCCAAACCCUUUUCCAGACACCACAAACACGGCUGCACAAGCCAUGGCGAUGGUACAUUCCCGUGCUCAGCAACCUCAAGGUCCUCCAGUGACAGGGUUAUCUGGGGGGACACAGACUGGCUUUGGCAUGUCCAGUUUCAGCAGUGGGAUAUUCGGCACCCCUAAGUCUACAACAGGUUUUGGGUCCGGUGCAGGCCUGUCAAGUGUCGGACCCAACAUCGGUGGUGUUGGGAACUUGUUCUCUUCCACGUCUCUACUGACGUCUCCAGCAUCCGGAGGUUUUGGCACCACUCCAACCCUGGGUUCCUCCACCACGGCAGCGCUGAACCUCGCAGGAACAUCCUUAAACACCACGAACAACGCCAAACAGCCUUUCCAACUGCAGAAACCUCCACAGGGCGCCAAAAGAGGGAAGAGAUAG